AUGAUGACGAUGAUCCUCCGCGCCCUCCUCCACCUCCAGAGACGCAAGAAGCCACCGCGCAGGGGCAACGAGGGCGACGCCGGGACCAAGGACAAACACCCGCAGCGCAAAGACGGCGAGAGCAGCCGCGCCGCGGGGGAAAAGACCGCAGCCGCGCACCACCACAUCGGCGCGUCCCGGGGCGAGGCCUCCGUCGCGGCCCUCGCGCUCGCGCGCACCAGCGCCGAAGCCCGGCGGGCGCUGCCCGGCCUGCGCAGGGACAUGAGGCGCGCCGAGCGGCUCGCCAGGCGCUCCAGCACGGUCCUGGCGUGA